GUGAUGGUUUUGUAUGAACAGGAGAUUGUGACAGACCAGUGGGCAUGGCUCGGAAUUGAACAUGAAGCAAAUGAAAACACGUGUGAAGCCACGCCGGGGAUAAUUACGCGCCGGUGCGCACUACACGUCAGCCAGCCCAAACAGAACCACUCCGGGCUGAGAGCAGCCUGGUGGAACGGCCUUCAUUUACAUCAAGCAAUUUAAAUAGAGAAGAAACAGAUGAAUUCUUGACUGAAGGGAGAGUUUUCGACAAGAAAACAACGAAGUGGACAGGUGGUAGAGAACCGAGUCUUUGUGCGCUUUAGUCCGGAUUAACAAACCUAUGCGUGUGUCAUGUCGGAGGAAAACCAUCCCGCUGAGGCUGACAUUCACCCUGAGAGUGAGGAAUGUCCCGAGGAAGACUCUUUCGGCUUUGGAGAUGAUCUGGAGUUAAAUCAGUUUGACGGAUUGCCCUUUUCCUCGCGUUACUACAAACUGCUGAAAAAGAGGAAAACUCUGCCGGUGUGGAAGGUCAGGUACGAGUUCGAAGAUGCUCUUGCGAACAACCAGCUGCUUAUUGUGUCUGGGACGGCCAGGACUGGAGGGAGUACACAGGUAAGACAUGGAUAUUUUAUCUGUAAAGAUGAGAGAAAGUCUCUAUUUGAGAUUUUAUAACCUCAUGGAGAGUUUCAACUUUGAGUUACUUUUCAAUAAAUCUGAUUUCAGGUCUACAUUUUGAGCCUUAUUUUUCCCUUUCCCUCCAAAUACCAACGCAUAACCUAAUUUGAAUGACUUGAAUUCAGUUGUCCAGCACAUGUUUAGUCCAGCCUACUCAGCUGUUAACCAUCAUGUGAAUUUAACCCUUUUAUUUUUACCCCUCACAUCACAUUUUCUCUUUUAAAACCAUAAAUCUGCAACAUAAAUCCGUUUUUUUUCUCACGUUGGUCUCUGUAAAGUAGUGCCACUAUGUGAACUUAUUGUGUGAACAUGCUGUCCAAGCUCCUGACUGUCAGGCUUCACAAAGGCUUCAGCAGGAGUGUUAGGGGGACCUCCUGCUGUUAAGCCCUGAUCCGCUGAAGCCUCUCUGUGCUGCCAAAGCAAUUUUGCAUUAUGAGCGAUAAUACCGUAGAACAUCUCCUGUCACUGUUUGUUUUGGUGUGUGCUUAAACAAAAGCUGUUGGUACAACCCUGAAGAUGAAGUUGAUAUAGUUGGAAUGUUACUUGUUGGGUUGAAAUAAACAAAAAUGUAGUGACAACUGUCUUUUCAGAUCCCUCAGUGGUGUGCGGAGUACUGCCUGUCCGCUCAGUACCAGAACGGCAGGGUCGUGUGCACUCAGACCGGCAGACAGCAGGCUGUAGAUCUGGCGUUACGCGUGGCUGACGAAAUGGACGUCAACAUAGGCCAUGAAGUGGGUUACACCAUCCCCCAAGAGACCUGCUGCUCCGCCGACACUGUUCUGAGGUCUGUUUCUGACCUCUGAGUCUGUUUCACCGCUGCCAACAGCUUGCUUGAAUAUCAUUUUAAUAUCAUUGACAAUGCAUCACUUCCACUUGUAGUGUCACUGACUUAAACCGGUGAAAGGUGUAACUCUCGCAGAAAUACUGUCCUAAAAUGCAAAAACUCUCCAGUGGUAUCUUUGAUUUCUUGAAUUUGACAAAUCUGUGAAGAUUAAAGUCAGGACUUUCUCACUUAGUCGCAUGCGAUGAACAGCUUAAAGCAGCCAGUUACGAAACCAUAUGUUGAACAUACUGACUAUUUGACCCCUGGCUACCAGUUCUACUUUUACACAAUUCCUAAGCUUAUCUUGGAUAAACCUUUUAACGGUUUUAUCUCAAAAGUAAACAAGACAUUAAUCCCCCCAAUCUCAGCAGGAGGCAUUCAGACCCUGUUUAUACCCAACAUGUCUCUCAGUUGAACCAUUUAGAAAAGGAUAGUUGACACCUGGAAAAAUAGUGCAUGUCAAGUGACCCUCUUAACACACAACACCUCUGCUGAUGUUAAGUGAUAGUUAACUGUUGUCAUGUGUAGUCCAAUCUUCCAGGCUGCAGUGGCUCUGUUGGCCUGGAAAUUAAAGGGAUAUUCCAGCAUAAAAUUAAGUUUGGGUCAAACACCAAGUAAGACACCCCCUCGAGAGAUGAAUGUUGCAGACCGCUUGCUUCUCUAGUUAUACCAACUUAAGUAACAGCCGCACGAUAGCAAUACACAGCGGUCUGAGGAGCCACAAACAAACCUAAACCAAAAUGCCACAAAUAAUGCUCAGAACAGCACCUACCUUCAUCAACAGUCCUUUAAGGGUCCCAGCCACAGCACUAGCCACCAAACAUCUUUUUAACUUUUGCCUGAUUUCUUUAGCAAAGAGACUAAACACAACUCACCUACUCUCCUCCAGCAGCUGCUUGUGCGUACGGAGACCUCGGGCGAGUUCAUCGACUGCAGCGGGGUGACACAACUCAAGGAAGAACAUUUAUGAUCAUGACUUUGUCAUUUCCUUCAAAUAAUGAUCAUCAUAUUAAUCAUUUUGCACUGCAGACAUGGUCGUUCUUCUGCCUUACCUUCUCGGUGUGAUUGCAUUUCCAUGAAGAAAUGAUCAUAAAUGUUCUUCCUUGAGCUGCGAAACUCCACUGCAGUCGAUUGACCUGCCUGGAGGAGAGUAGGUGAGUUGUGUUUAGUCUCUUUGCUAAAGAAAUCAGGCAAAGUUAAAAAGAUGUUUGGUGGCUACUGCUGUGGCUCGGACCCUACAUGUACUGUUGAUGAAGUUAGGUGCUGUUCUGAACAUUAUUUGUGGCUAUAGAGUGGCGUUUUGGUUGAGCAUGUGGCUCUCUGUAUUGCUAUCGUGCGGUCAUUACUGAAGUUGGUAUAACUAGAGAAGCAAGUGGCCGGCAACAUUCAUCUCUCGACGGAGUGUCUAACUCAGUGUUACGGUGUGUUUCACCUGGCGUAAAAUUAGGUUUUACGCCGGAAUAUCCCUUUCACUUGUUGCUUCUAAAGGGCUGUAGCAUGGCCGUACAGUUUCUCCACUGUCAACCCCUCUGGUGGAUUUCGUCCCUCAGGUACUGCACCGAUGAUAUGCUUCUCAGAGAAAUGAUGUCAGAUCCAUUUCUGGAGCACUAUGGAGUCGUCGUCAUCGACCAGGCCCAUGAGAGGACGGUAAGCACGGACAUACUGCUGGGUCUCCUUAAGGACAUUCUGCUUCAGAGGCCCGAGCUCAGAGUGGUGGUCCUCGCUAUUCCGCCGAUGACUGACAAGCUGCUGAAGCACUAUGACAACACCCUGCUCAUCAGUGUACGGGCCUUGCCUCCUGCUGAGGUGGUCUACAGCAGCAGUCAAAGCAAGGACUACUUCUACUCUGCGCUGAGACUGGUGCUGGAGUUGCACCGAACCAAAGAGGAGGGAGAUGUUGUCGUGUUUUUGGCUUCUGAUGAAGUAAGAUUGAUGUUCUCUACGAUUAAUUUCAUCAAGCUGAGGCAAAGAUUGGUUUAAGAUGUUGUCCUCUUUUGCGUUGCUUUGUAAUCCCGUCAUAAGGAGGUCCACUGUGCCUACACCAUCCUCCAGCGUGAAGGCACCAGGCUUGGAGCUGAACUUGGCCCUAUGGUCCCUGUAGUCCUGUGUCCUAACCAGGGAUGCUUCCUUCCUGACCUGGCUGAGCAACCACGGCUUUCUCGGCGGGUUUUCCUCUCUACUCAUCAGGGGGAAGAUAUGUGGUGGCCAACGGAGUCUGUCAACUUUGUCAUCAACACAGGAGUCCAAAAAACGAUGGUAAAGUUUUAAAAAACGAUCAUGAAGAAUGUUGUGAUGAGGAUUAUUGUUGAUGGCAUGUGGUUUUUGGCUUUGCAGGUGUAUAAUCCAAGAAUACGAGCACAUUCAGAGGUCCUGAGACACAUUAGUCAAUGUCAGGCAAAUGUACGGAAACAGCUCUCUGGACCAACAGGUGUGUAAAUGAUCCAUUUGAUACUAUAGACCAUCCACAGAUGUAGUCUAGGCAGUUGGAGGACUAUCUCUUCAAGAACUACACCCCUGAUUAAUGUCUCUAAAAGUUGCUUUCUGCUAGAGGAGCAUACAGAUUCAAUCAGAACCUCUUCACUGAAAUAACUUCCAUGUCUUUUUUUUAAGGUAAAUGUUUCUGCCUGUAUCCAGAGGACAGUAAACUUCCUGCAGAGAACUCCCCGCAGAUCCUAGAGUCCAACAUCACACCGACAGUCCUCUUCCUGAAGCGAAUGGAGAUAGCAGGCCUUGGACAGUGCGACUUCAUCGACAGACCAGGUAGAGAGAGAGAGAGGACGAGUUCAGGACUGAAAUAUUUUUAGAUUCAAGCAGCUCAUUCCCACACAUGGCCUCCUGUUUCCAAUCGAAAAUACAGCCCAAGAGAUGCACAUAGGGAGGGGUCUUUUUUUGGCAAGAGGAAGCCUCGUCCAGAGGUAGUCGAGUAUUUGCUCUGCGUAGCUGUUCUAGGCCAGUCAGCCAUGAUUAAGCUGAGUUGACAGGACCCUGCUACUAACUAUUGUCUGAGCUCUGAACCACCCUAACAUGAACAGAAGAGGCUACAAGAGGCCAGCUCAUUAGUGAUUAUACAACAUGUCUCAUCCAGGCAGCACUAGACCAAUACAAUGAGGAGGGAACACUGGCCAAAUGUACUCGCUCAGUAUUCUGGCACUGGAGUAACUUGUCGAAAUGUUUUUAGGCCAAUCAUCUAAACUUGUGACCAAGAGAGUCAUUUUUGGAUACUACCACUUUUAAAUCAUUUCUACAGGUGCUUUAUGCUGCGUUCCAGUUACCUUGGAAGUCAGAUGUCCGAGCUGGGAAUGACGUCACACCCAAGUUCCCAGCGUUUUAGUUUCCAAGUUGGAAAAAAGCAAAAUCAGAGGCGCAAACAAGAUGGCUACAUCUAAAAUAACUUUUGUAGAUGUAGCCAUCUUGUUCCCGCCUCCAAUUUUGCUUUCUUCCGCUGGGAACUCUGGUGUGACAUCAUUCCUAGCUUGGACAUCUUACUUCUGAGGUAACUCGAACGCGCCAUUAGUCCUGCUCGAGAAAGCAAGAUACCACACGUUGGCAAUGAUGAUCUCUGAUUGAACUGUGCCGAUCGAUUCCUCAUUGCAGAUCCUGAGGGUCUCAUGCAAGCACUGGAGGAGCUGGACUACCUCGCAGCUUUAGACGACGAUGGCAACCUGUCUGAAAUCGGCAUCAUAGUGUCUGAAAUCCCUCUGGACCCUCAGAUGGCCAAAGCUCUGCUGGCAUCGUGCGAGUUCGACUGCGUGAGCGAGAUGUUGACGAUCGCAGCGAUGCUCGCAGGUAGCUCAUCUUUCACCCUUGGAUUUCAAACUAGUGAAGGUUUUCUGACUCGAUAGAUAUCGAAGCAGCUCAAUUUGAAAAGCGCAAAGCUGCCGUUCCCUAAACUAGAUCAUCUUUGGUUAAAAUCGACUUUGUUCUUUGUCCUUUAGCGCCCAGCUGUUUUCUUGAGCCGCCUGCUGGCAUGACCCACGAGGCAGUGCAGUGCCACAGAAAGUUCCAGCAUCCAGAAGGAGAUCACUUCACCCUCAUUAACAUCUAUAAUGCCUUCAAACAAAGCCAGAGGGAACAAUGUAAGACACAGCAGAUGAGCAGAAACAGUCAUGGUACAUUUUUAGACUAAUUGAAAUCUACCUGGAAGCAUCCUUUUCUUUAGCAUCACGAAAGCAUAUUGGAUAUUUAGUGUGUUUCACAUAUGCUCUCCUGAAAACUCGUUCAAAUUUUCAAAACAGCCUGCCCCUGAAAUUUUCACACACCAUACGGAGUUGUCCUUGUCAGGAGUAGAAGGAUUACCACAAAAGACGUAUAUUGACAGUGUCAGCGCAGCAAGUAAAAGCAUGUAUUUACAAAUAAAAAAACAGGCUGGUUGGAAGAAAAGAAUAUCAAGCAGCUUGCACAAACGUUGCACUGUUAACACAUUGGUCGUGCAAUAGUUGCAUAAUUUGAAUGUCAUCUCUCCUGCCCACUCACUUGCCUGUGGCGAAUUUUCCUAAUUUCUUUUCGCCUGCUGUGUUCAGUUCAUCAUGCUUCCCAUGAAAAUUUUAUGAGGGGAUCAACCGGCAGAAACAAAUCUGGGCAAAACAGCAGGGGGGGGAAUUUGACCGCUUGUGUUCACUGAUGCAGCUGAACCUGAAAAUUUCUGAAAAUGUACUUUUGUCAAUGCGGCUUUUGUUGUGUAAAACCUUUAUUUCAUUACAAACCCAAAAAAUAAGAGGUUCUGAAUACAUAUUAGGGGUAUUAUGAGCCAAUAUGACCAUAGAGGAGUCUAAAUAAUUUGAUUUCUGAUGGAUUGUAGUUACUAAAUUGAUGAAAUUUGAAACAUUAACAUUCAUCCUGUUAUCCUGUUUUUUUUCAGUUUGAAGCCUUACCUCGCUUUGAGAAUAAUGCUCAUCUUGUAUCUGGUUUCUCCUUACCCAAACUCAGAUUUCAGUGCUAAAAAGUGGUGCCAAGACUACUUCCUGAAUCACUCUGCCCUGAAGACAGCCGAGGCCAUCAGAUCUGAGCUGACUGACACUCUGAACAGGAUCGAGCUCCCUAUCUCCGAGCCAUCUUUUGGCACCAAAACCAACGCCCACAACCUCAAAAGAGCUCUGCUGGCUGGAUUCUUCAUGCAGGUACAAAGACGUACUGUCAGUUUGAACUAUUCGCCUCCAGCGGUUUGUUUAUAUUUUCCUUCCUAAUCUUAGAUUGCACGGGAUGUGGAUGGAUCAGGAAACUACUUCAUUCUGACACACAAGCACAUGGCCCAGGUGCACCCGCUCUCCUGCUACGGGGCUCAGUCACACAAGCUGGGGCUGCCGGAGUGGAUUGUUUUCCACGAGUACACGCUGUCGGGGAAUAACUGCAUGAGGACGGUCUCUGAGAUUUCCCCUCAAGUGUAAGUCAGCCUCUUUCUCAUCUCAUUGCCAGAUGUGACCAAGGAAAUUAAAACUAAACUCUUGUGGCUCAUUCUUCCUCAAAGCUGAGAAAUAUAUUGUGAUACAAGAAUUUAUCAUAUUUUUAAUUAGUCUUUUUAAAUCUCCGUUUUUGAGGCUUUUCAUCAGUAUUCAUGUCAUUUUUCUUCCCCUGUCUCCUGUUUUAGGUUCAUUCAAAUGGCACCAGUCUACUUCUUCUACAAUCUGCCCUCUAGUGAGAGUAAAGACAUACUGCAAGACAUGUUGGACCCUGUUGGCUCUAGUGAAUGUAAGGAUGAGAAACAGAAAGCCACCACAGCUAGCAGUGAUGCCAACGGUAGCUGUGAGGUGACUCCACAGACUUACGACAGAUGUUUAAUCCAGUGAUCUGAAUUUGUAAGUGUGAACAUCUGGACUGUAAUAUUCCCACCAAAUGCUCUUAAGUGUUCAACACAGGAACAGUCAACUUAAUAAGAAGUUGACACUUUCAGAUGAUGUUUUCUAGUUGCUUAUUGUAAUACUUCAUACCACUUUUCAGUGCAGUCAAAUACAGCAUUUCUAACCUUGUGUUUCUAUCAUUAUUCUUCUCCUUUUCCCCUCUCAAAACAGUCUGAGAACUUGAGACUCCAGAC